GAUUUGUAGAGUUUCCUGUUGAAGAUUGAGACGUCAACUUGGCAGUUAACUCUUACGGGCGACUGCCUCGAUUUUCAACUUUUGACCGGCAUCGACAAGACUAACAACAACAACGACAUCCUCCCCUCCCACCUUUUCGCAGCCACUAUCCCGGGGCCUUGAACACAACGGCACACGAUGAACCCGGUGAUCCCCCUCCGUACCGGUAUCCGUCGGCUGGCGACAGGCGCAGUAGGACAAAGUCGGGCGCUACACACGAAGACCGGAUCAUUCCGACUCGGGUCCAGUUGCGUUUCCCCAAGACGGCCGAUCGUCCGUUUGGCAGACAAGGGAAGGAUAGGGUGGCUAGGGCUAGCAAAGCGGAAGUUCCAUACCACCCCAACCGUCGCUCACGGACAUAUUACGCCACCUAAGCCUGGUGAAGAGCUAUGGGUGACCUUCAUUGACAAGGAGGGCGAUGAGCACAAGAUUGCGGUGUCGGAGGGAGACAACCUUCUGGACAUUGCACAAGACAACGAGCUCGAGAUGGAGGGCGCCUGCGGAGGAUCAUGCGCUUGCUCGACGUGCCAUGUGAUUGUCACGGAUGAAGCGUAUUUUGACAAGAUGGAUGAGCCUAGCGACGACGAGAACGAUAUGUUGGAUUUGGCGUUCGGCCUGACCGAAACGAGCAGACUGGGUUGCCAGGUCAAGAUGACCAAGGAGUUGGACGGGCUGAAGGUCAAGCUGCCAGCCAUGACGAGGAACUUGCAGGCAAGCGACUUUAGCAGCUAGGCCUCGCGGAACCACAUUGAAGGAGGAAAAAGAAGAAGAAAAGAAGAAGAAGAAAAGAAGAAGAAGAAAAGAAGAAGAAGAAAAGAAGAAGAAGAAAAGAAGAAGAAGAAAAUGCUGUACCUAUUACCACACUUGUACAUUACGAUGUCGGGAGCAGGUCCGGGGUGGGCAUGAAAGGGCGUAUUUCUGCGCAGCAUACAUUGAUACCAUCAGUAUAGUGUUUUCAGGGUAUCUAAGGAGGAUAGGUAGAGACAAGGUGGUGUAGCAUAUGUCCACUCCGAUACAAAGCCAAAGCUUAAAACCAAACCCCCAGAAGAUCGUUCAUGGUUUUCUUUUCUUUUUCUUUGCCACAAAAUGCUUGCCUCAGGGCCAGUUCAGUCCAUACCAUCACAUCAAGCCUCCUCGAUCGGACCUUGCUUCAGCCCACCACCAGAAGCGAUCAAGUCCAA